UCUCCACUUCAUUCACUCCCCUGGUUCGUGCGUCAGCUUGCUUAACAAGCUACACAACCUGUCACUGCAUCAACGUCACCCACUCACGCAAACCAUAGGACUAACCAUAACAGACUUUUCCUCCAGGAUUCAUCUGUAUAAAGGGAUAUUGCGUUUUUCCUAAAUACAGUUUUUUUUUUAUUUUAUUGUUCAAUUUGCAGAGACAAAUGAUUCUCACUGUAGUUGUGGCAGAACUACAAAUUGGAAGUUUGAAGUGAAGUGGAGCUGGCAGAAACUUGCUUUCAUUCUCUACCACGGCUUUUUGUUUUCAUAAACGCUCUAUUAUAUACACUUUAAUUUGAUUUAAUUCAACAAUUUUUUAUUUGUAUUUACAUUUUUUUUUUAAUUUAUCAUGGCUGGGUGCUGCCUGUCUGCUGAAGACAAGGAAUGUCAAAGGAUAAAUCAAGAAAUUGAUAGACAGCUGCGCAGAGACAAGAGGGAUGCUCGCAGGGAGCUUAAAUUGCUUUUGUUAGGAACUGGAGAGAGUGGCAAAAGUACAUUCAUCAAACAGAUGAGAAUCAUUCAUGGUUCAGGAUAUACAGAUGAAGACAAGAAGGGAUUCAUUAAACUGGUCUAUCAGAACAUAUUUACUGCCAUGCAAUCGUUGGUCUGGGCCAUGGAUAACUUGCGCAUACAGUACAAGGAUGAGCAGAACAAGGAAAAUGCUGAUUUGAUUAAGGACAUUGAGGUGGACAAAGUCAACACAUUAGAGAAAAAUCAAUCCGAAGCAAUCAAGAGUUUAUGGAAGGAUCCUGGGAUUCAGGAGUGUUAUGACAGACGGCGAGAAUAUCAGUUGUCUGAUUCUGCAAAAUAUUACCUUGAUGGCUUAGAACGCAUUUCAGUUCCAUCAUACAUACCAACCCAGCAAGAUGUCCUUCGAGUCAGAGUGCCCACAACUGGAAUCAUUGAAUAUCCUUUUGACCUAGAAAACGUCAUCUUCAGAAUGGUAGAUGUAGGAGGUCAGCGAUCUGAAAGGAGGAAGUGGAUUCACUGUUUUGAGAAUGUUACCUCCAUCAUUUUCCUAGUUGCAUUAAGUGAAUAUGACCAGGUCCUCGCUGAGUGCGACAAUGAGAAUCGAAUGGAAGAGAGCAAAGCCCUAUUUAAAACGAUCAUCACAUACCCCUGGUUUCAGAAUUCGUCUGUCAUUCUUUUCUUGAACAAAAAGGACAUUCUAGAAGAGAAGAUAGUAUAUUCUGAUGUAGUUGACUACUUUCCUGAAUUUGAUGGACCCAAACGGGACUCAAAGGCUGCCAGAGAAUUCAUUUUGAAAAUGUAUCAGGAGAUGAAUCCAGAUAAAGAUAAAGUCAUUUACUCUCACUUUACAUGUGCCACAGACACAGAGAACAUCAGGUUUGUAUUUGCUGCUGUCAAGGACACCAUCCUCCAACUGAACCUCAAGGAGUUCAACCUGGUGUAAAUGGUGGUAACAGUCUGCUGAGCAUCUGUAAGCCUUGGUCAAGUAAAUAUAGAAUAAGUGCAAUUGAUGCAGCUAAUGCAAUUUGUCAUUUAGGCCUCUCCAAUAUUUUCUUGCAUUGUAACCAGAGUCCUUAUAUUUACCCCAAAAAUGUGAAGACUGCUGGGAAGCAAUCAAAUCAGGGCUUGUGUGAGGGUUUGUUAAGUUUACGUUUAUGAGAUUUGUUAAUUUUUUAAAGCCCUAUUUUUCACCAAAGUAGGGAAGUUUUAAAGUGAACUCUAAGUGAAAGUGAAUUUUAAAUAACGGUGUACUGAUUCAAAUGCAAACAAAAUUGCAUUUCUAGCAUUUUAUUGUAGUAUUUGAUAACCACCUGGAAUCAAAUACAGUAGACUGUAACCAAUGUGCCUUUUAAACAGCAAUGUUAAAUGUGUUUAGUGGAUAGCAAAAAGAUACCAUUUUACUAUUUUCACAAGAAUUAUGUGUAGAAUUGUAAAUUCUUUGGGAAGUGUUUUUUCUUUCAUGGGUGAAUUGCCAUAAAAUAUGGGUUAUGUAUUUAUUUUAAAUAGUGACACUUGCUAAUACUGGAUCAAUAAAUAUAUCCAUUUUGUAUGGACACAAAAACUGUCAAAGAUAUACAAAAAUUAAAGCUGAAAAGUUUCUAAUUUUGUACACAUUGUGCCAAUAUGUAACAUUUAAGUAACAAAGAAUAGCAAGUCAAUUAAGAGAAUGUGAAUAUGGUACUUUGUUAGUGUGAUAACAGAACUGCACAGAAGUACAUUGCUGUUUUAUGUCUAUAUGAUAUGUAAAUAUCUCUCUCUCUGUCACACACACACACACACACACACACACACACACAUUUUAAGGACCAAAUUAACUGUUUAUUGGUAAAUUGUACUUUGAUGCAGUUCAGCAUUUACAAAAAUUAAAAUGUACAUGCCUUAUUAGUUCAUAAGUCAUAGCUAGGUAUACAAAACACUGUUUUACAAAUCCUUUGUAAAAACAAAACAUUUUUAACCUGUGAAAUGUUUAUUGUAUAGUAGUAUUUUAAAUAUACUGACAUGAAUAUUAGCGCUUGUUUGUAAACAAUCUCAAGUUUUGUUUCAAAUAUAUAUAUAUUGAGCAUCAAAAGAAACUUAUCACUAAUAUCUGAGCAUCAGAAGAAACGUAUCACUCAUAUUUGGAUAAAAUGCACUAGAUGUGAUCAAAAAUGACAAACUCUGUCUCAGAGCAGGUGCAGUGACUUUUUAUUGUGCUGACCAACAACUGACAUUUUACUGUCUUAAGUUAUGGGUGGAUGGGGGAUACUGUGAAAGUCACAGGCUAGUAGCGUGUGUGGCCACCAUUGGAAGCAAUACAAGCAGUACGUCUACACAUGCUUUGCACCAGGCUUCGGAUGUUGCCUUGUGUAAUCCUGGCCCAUUCCUCUUGUAGUGCCUGGAUAAGCAUCUGCCUGUUCAGUGGUCUCCGAGCCCUAGAAGACACACGUCACCCAAGUUCAUCCCACAAAUGUUCAUUUGGGUUCAGGUCUAGGGAAUAAGGCAUCCAUGGCAUGACUCUCACGUUCGCAUUCUGCAAGAAAGCUGUCGUGACACAAGCAACAUGUGGACAUGCGUGGUCUUGCUGGAAUGUUGUCACAUUAGGAUGGGCUUGCAAGAAGAGCACUAAGUGAGGCCUUAGGACUUGGUCAACAUAUCGCUGUGCAGUCAUGUUGCCAUCAAUCAGUACCAGUGGAGUUCUAUAGCGACUAGACACUUCUGCCCAGACCAUCACACUUGGACCGCCCAACCGAUUGGUCUCUCGUACACAACAAUUAGCGUAUCGUUAACCACGUUUACGCCAUACUCGCCGACGUCCAUCAGGGCAGUCUAUGCAGAAUCUCGAUUCGUCACUGAAGAGGACCUGGCUCCACUGAAGGCGAGUCCACCUAAGGUGUUGUUGGCACCACCUCAUCCUGUUGCAAUGGUGCACAUUGCUGAGCACUGGACCCCUGUAUGGUCGUCUGGCCUGUAGAUGAUGACUGUGUAACCACCCUCUUACAGUUGAACUACUGAUGCGUGGAUUGUUACGACCUGCAGUAUCAGAUGCUGCUCGACUAGCUGUGCGAAAACCAUCAUGAGGAUGCUGCAUAAUGAUCUGUCGAUUUUGGACAGGUGUGACUCUUGGUCUCCCCAUUCGUGGCCUGUCAUUGAGUGUGUCUGGUUAUACCGUCUUGCCAAGUUUGAAAUUGCUGGCUGUGAGCACCCAAGAUGGCGCGCCACAGUACGCUGCCCUAGUCCAGCCUCCAAAAUGCUGAUUGCACGAAGGUGCAGCUCUCUUGACAGACGUGACAUCUUGGUGUUUUUCUGUGAUUUUUUUUAUUGCUUUUAAUCAAACUUGCAAUUCAACAGCUGAAAUCACUCCGAUCAACGUCCAAUCAACUGUCUCGCUAAUUAGGUUAUUAAGUGCAUAUGCUUCAGUCAUAGUCACUCAAGCGUGUCAUGGUCAAGGAUGAAUGAUUGAGUGAUUAAAAAGAAACCAAAAACAUUUUGUCACUGUCCAUCAUUUAUAUACCUUAUUUCUUUCCAAAAAUAAAUGUGUGAUAAGUUUCUUUUGAUGCUCAGUAUAUAUAGAUGAAUCGUGUAAAGAUAAACUAUUUGUAGGUUUUGAUGUGUCAUGCUUUUUACUUUCAUAUCUUUAAAACUUCCAUUAUAAAAGUGCAUUGUAUACCUCCACCUCUUCGAAAAGUAAUGAACUGUUAAAUAUGAUGUAGCACUGCACCCCCUUUUAGAAGUUUGCAUUUGCCAAGGUGGUCUUCACUUAAUGUUACCAAAGAAAAUAGGGGUGUUUAAUGUCAUUAAUCAAAAAUACUGCACUAGAAAGCUACAACAGAUAGGACCCCAUGUGAGAUAAAUAUUUGCUUGUUAUGUACAUUUACAGUUAUUGUGAUUAUGCACAUACAUACUGUGGAACUUGCCAAAUUUGCACCUUUGAUGGCACAAGUUGUAAUUAUUUUAUUUAAUCAUAGAAGGCUUAAGUUUAGUCUAUACACUCCAGAUAUAGCUAGUAGUUCCUAUUUUUAAUUCAAUUUUCUAUAAGACUAUAGUCUGCUAAGAAAUAAAAAAUAAUAAUAAUAAUAAUAAUAAUAACAAAAUAAAUAAUUCUAAUACAGUAGAUUUGAUGUACAGUAUGUAUGUACUGGUAUACAGGGUUCUCUAUAAAAUAGGUAAUGCAGCAAAAGAGAGACUACAUCUUGGGACCUACAGCUAUGGCCAAAGUUUUGCAUCGCCCUAUAGAAUUAAUUCAUUUUGCUUCAUAAAAUCAAAUGAAACCUGCUGAAUGAUGUUACGUUAACAUAUUGAAUUACAUACCGCUUUGUAGUUUUGCAAUAUCGUUUUGUAGUUUCUUUGAUUACAUGAUGUUAAAUAAAUGGUCUAAAUUAUUUUUUUUAAAUUAAUGUCUCAAUCCUAAAAUUCUGGGAGAUGCAAAACUUUUGGCCAUAGCUGUACUGUCUGAAUAGUUACUGUAAGUGCUCCCCCACAACCAAUGCCUUCCAGCUGCUUGCCUUUCUCCCAGAAUAAACCAGUCUGCUCAGAACACAUACAUACAGCAAAAAAUUCAGAUGCAAAACAUUCAGCCAUGGACAUCUAAUGCAAUAGUCAACACACCUAUCAAUCUGUCAGGAUGGAUUAAUGCACAAGCGCUCAUAACCACUUGUUGACAGAAACCAACAAUAAUUUAACAAUGAUUUAUUAUUUUAUUUUUCUAAACCACUUGCCUCCCCCAUUCCCCACACAUGGUAUAUAAUGUGAUUUUAACAAAAAUAUUUUUAUUUUUUUAAAUGCACCCAUUUGCAUGUACCGGAACACAGCAUAUCACAAGCUACCCUGCUGGUUCAUAUACUCAAUACAUAUAUCCAAAUGAUAUCUUACACACAAACAUUGAAAUGAACUUUAAUUUCACCAUGGUUGGUCUGUAAAACUGUGAUAUCAACAUUUCAACUCAGACUUGUUCUUUUUUAAUAUUAAAACUGUAACCAACAGGUUGGAACCAACUCUUUUGCCUUGUAAUACAGUAAACAUGCUAUAACUGAAUUAUUUUAUUUGUGAACACAGAGUUACUGCAUUACUCAUGUGCCCAUACUGAAUGUUUGCCGGCAGGGCGGCGUAUUUAUGUUUAGAUUAUAAGUUUGCAGUUUACAAAUUAUAUUACAGGAAAUGGUAAUGCUUUUAUGAAACCUCAAUAAAAUUGAAAAAUAGAA